AUGAUGUGGUUUCUGCGUCUGUCCGUGGGCCUCCUGCUGCUCCACCUGGCUGCUGUGGACACAGGUAUGUCCUCUGGGAUGAUGAUGAUGAUGAUGAUGAUGAUGAAGAAGAAGAAAAACUAAAAGAAGAGGGACUGAGGAAUUAUAUAGAGAUAACGCAGGGGGGAAGAUACGCUAACAUGUCAAGGGGGAGGUGGCAGGGGUGGUGUUAUGUGAGGGGGGGGGGGGGGGGGGGGUGAUGACUGGCAACAGGUGACACAUGACCUUUCCUUACUAUGUGUGUGUGUGAUGUCAACAGGUGUGUGUGAUUUGUGUGGAUUGACAGUCCUGUGCUUCACUCCAACACCAACAUGAAGUCAUUAGUGUCAGAGGAAAACAUUGCCCUGCUGUGAUUGGUUGUUCCUUUUCAUGUAGUCAUAACAUACAAAGACAUUUCACCGAACCAAAGCAAGGAAACUAUUACACCACAGGGAUACAUCCUCUGGGGAACAUGAUGACUUUUCCCAAUAACUUCAUGACAACUGGUGGUAAAAGUUCAAAUUACAUCAGAGAAAACCUUUCAUGAAAUAUACAGUCAGAGAAAAACCAACAUGUCCAGGGAUUAUCUUCUGAGCACCAUGAAUGUCUCCACUUCAUGUUACUUUUUUCCAUCCAAUAAACUGGCCUGUACAUUGCUACACUUAAAAUCACACAUUUCUACUCUAUGUUGCUACAAAGGACAGAAUUUCUUUGAGGUGGAUCCUCUGGGAACCGUGAGUUUGCACAAAGUUGUGCCUGUCAAUCUGGUAAAUGUCAACAAAUGUUUUCGAGAUUCAAGAAUCUUGACCUGCUGCUAUUUACCAUGAUCACAGCAGGAUUUAACCUCCAAGCACCUAGUCCAAAUUCUCGACUGACAAUAUUUGAAGUAACACCGAUGAUGGCAUCAAAGACAACUCACAGUAUAAUCUCAGUCUCAAAAGACCAUCCUCUGGGCACCGUGAAUACCUCAACCUUAUAUGUAUAGGUAAAGUAUAUAAAGGACAAAUAUGAAUAACUUUUGCAUUCCUGUUUUCUCACCAGUCUUCAUGGACGGAAAAACGGCCAAUCAGGUCCUGAACCGUCGCAGACGAGCCAACAGCUUCUUCGAGGAGGUCAAACAAGGCAACAUGGAGAGGGAGUGUAUAGAGGAGCAGUGCGACUGGGAGGAGGCGCGGGAGAUUUUUGAAGACAAGGACAAAACUGUAAAACUCCCGGAAACAAUGCAACAAAACACUCAAGUCAAACAUAGUCCAUCAGAACCAGAUACCAUUAAAAGACCUGACCUGUUAGCUGUUAUCGCACAGACAAACUCAAACUAAAGUCAACAAAUAUUCUUCUAAUCUACUUUUACAUAAUAACAUUCAGCAAUCUUAAUCUGUGAAGAGCAGGAACAUUCAGGCAUCAGGUCAGUGCUUCGACUGUGAUGGGUCACAUUUCAAUACCCCCGUUUUCACCUUAACACCCACACAAUACCUCAAUAACACUACCUAGAUAUGCACACGCUCUUAUCUGAAAAAUUCUCAUGAAAUCUCAACUUGUUUUCAACUUGUUUUUUUGUCCUUUCUAGGAUGAAUUCUGGGCUAAAUAUUCUGGUAAGAAUAAUAUAAUCAUUACAUGGAAGGUGAAUGAGAGCUUGUUCUUGAAAGGUGCUAUGUCGGGUGAUGAUGGCCUAGUAAACAACCCCAGAUCUAUCUUGGUAAAGUCACCUACGCCAUGACCAAUCUUCACCACUGAUUGAGUGUGUUCAUGCUGCAGAUGGUGAUGCCUGCGAAUCUCAGCCCUGUGCUUUCAAUGGAAUUUGCAAAGAUGGACUCGGCGGAUACACCUGCUUCUGCCAGCCUGGGUACAGGGGCUACAACUGUGAAAUCGGUACGAUCGGGCUUCCUACCUACUCGGCUACCGCAAUAACCGCCACACCACAUUUUAGUUCUCAGUCAUGGAACGCUUUAGUUGGGAUAAAUUUCCAGGGACAGGUUAUCCGAUACAGGGACUGUCCUUGGAAAUCGGCAAUGUCCCCUCUGUCAAUGCUCUUGUUUGAAAUCCCUGUUUGUGACCGUGUUCCCUCUGUCCUUUCAGUCGUUCCUCAGCUCUGUCAGACUGAAAAUGGAGGCUGCCAACACUUCUGCCACAUUGUCCGAGAUUAUGUUAAAUGUUCCUGCGCUGAUAAAUAUUACCUUGGAUCAGACGACAAGUCCUGCUACUCCAACGGUGAGAAGGACUCUGCCGACUAUGUGAUCUUACUACAGUCAAGCUGUAUCAUAUGUCUCUCAGGUUUUAAUGCUCAAAACUUCUCUUGCAGAAACCUUCAAAUGUGGUGUCAUCAUCACCGGCGAUAUCCGGAAUCUUUUCAGGUACGAGUGGGGGAACACCACUAAACCGGCAUCCGACCUGACAGAUCUCAACGCCAACUCUACACACCUGGGGAAUGACAACCUAACAUCAUCUCAGAACAGCACUGACCUCCUCUUACAACAGACAAUUUUGCCCAAAGAGAUGGUACACGAGCAACGCCACACCUCACAAAAGGCAACCUUCACUCGCAUCGUGGGUGGGGAGGAAUGUCCACCUGGAGAGUGCCCGUGGCAGGUAACCGCAAAAGAGAAACACUUCACAACUUUUUCACAGUUCCCCAAUAAUGAAUCUGAGGUGUCAUCAUGAGUAGGUAGUCACAAUAACUUGGAGUUACCAAAUUAUUCGUUACUUUCUCCAUUGGUGUUACUGUCAACACAGAAAGUCUAUAGAAAACAUUUGAGAACAAAUGCUUCGGUUAUGGUUCAAACUACCUUCAACUGAUGGAUAACAUGGUUAUUUAGUAGUUUACCUAAUUUACCUGUCAACAGUUUACUAGUAGUUCAUUGCAAAUUAACAAUCAAUAACCUUGCAACAUAGGUUACUUUGUCUACCUUUUCACUAAUUAAGUUCUGGAAAUGUAAAUGAGGUCAAUAACGGAAAAUGCAGAGGCGGAAAAACACCGUCAAAGAGUUCACCUCUCUCUGUAGACUCAGGACUCCGGGGAGUUUUUGCUGUGAAACUAUCUCUGGCUUUAGAGGGAACAAGUUCAUGGGAUGGUCCAGACAGUAUUUUGUUCAGUUAAAUCUUCACAGGCUCUUCUGGUGAACGAGGAAAACGUUGGCUUCUGUGGAGGAACCAUCCUGAAUGAAUACAUCAUCCUGACGGCUGCCCACUGCAUGAACCAAACACGCUUCUUCACGGUCAAGCUCGGUAGGUUGUUCUGCAGGACGUCCGGGUGUUUCCUGACCGAGGCGGUUCUUUCAGUGGUGGUCGACUAAAAUCUGUCUCUGCUUAUUCAGGUGAGUUCAAUGUCUUGGAGGAAAGCGAUGAUGAAGUUGUCCACCAGGUGGAGACAAUGGUCACCCACAGAGGAUACCGACCGGACACCUACCACAACGACAUUGCGCUCCUCAAACUGAUCCAGCCCAUUAAGUUUACCAGGUUCAUCCUGCCGGCCUGCUUACCUGAGAGUGACUUCGCAGAAGAGGUGAAACUCAAACAGUUCCUUUGAACUUUAAACAUCGAUUUCGCACUGAAGUGACAAAUCGUAAACAUAAACAAGCAAAAUGUAGUCCCGUUUCUGGUCUUUUGGUAAGCCAAGCUGAGGUUGACCAAUCUUCUCAUCCCCGCCCAACAAAAUGAGAAUAUUUAGCAUCAUAUUGCCAAUCAGAGUAAAUUUACAGUUUCUGUAACACAGCGUUUCCUGGUUUUCCUACAGGUCCUGAUGAAACAACCGCACGGGAUGGUUAGCGGUUUUGGUCGCAUCGGUGAGGGUCGGCAGCCCUCACCCAUCUUACAGCGCCUUACCGUCCCGUUUGUGGAUCGACACACCUGCUUGGAGUCCACCCAGCUAACUAUCUCCCAAAACAUGUUUUGCGCUGGCUAUGAUCAAGAGGCCAAGGACGCUUGCCAAGGGGACAGCGGUGGACCGCAUGUCACUUCGUACAAGAGCACAUAUUUUGUCACUGGUGUCGUGAGCUGGGGCGAAGGCUGCGCUCGGAGAGGCAAAUACGGGAUCUACACCCAAGUGUCCAAAUUCACCCGCUGGAUCAGAUACGGCAUCGAUAGGCUGGUGGCCACCAAAGGGAACCGGCGGAAGCGGAACACCGGUCAGAUCGAGAGGCUGGUUCUGUAG